AUGCCUAAGCCGAGAACGAAACGUCAAGCUAUUCGCGACGAGCGAAAGAAGAAGAGGAGAGAGACACACGAAGCCAACUACGAUGCCAAGGACGAGGAGCGGCAAUCGAAGCGCAGACGUACCGAGGACGAGUCGCAAGAACAUGGCGAAGAAGGGGAGCAGCAAGCCUACGACGAUGCGGGCGAGCAGCAACAGUCGUUCCCCAGCAAUGGCCCGGAGAGGGAAUUCUUUGGUAUGCUCGCCGACGAAGAGCAGGAGUACUUCCGCCGCGCCGACGAGAUGCUCGAAUUGAACCAGUUCCCCUCCCCCGAGGAUCGCGACAUCUUCCUCCAGAGCGUCUACAAGGAGGCACAGGGCAAGGAGCUCAAGCUGGCUAGCAGUCAAUCGCUGUCGCGUCUGAUGGAGCGGUUGAUUCUUCUGUCGAACACCAAGCAGAAGAAGCAAAUCUUCAAUGCAUUUGCGACGCACUUUUUGUCUCUUGUCCAGCACAGAUUUGCGAGCCAUUGCUGCGAGACGCUGUUCCUGCAGUCUGCACCCGUCGUUACACAAGAGCUGGGAGGCGUUGUCCCUGAGGAGAAGAGCGAGGAAGAUACGGAGAUGCAAGAUGGCGAGGAGCCUGUGGAAGAGAGCACAAUGGAGAAUCUCUUCCUCAUGACCUUGGACGAGUUUGAGCAACACAUGGGCUUUCUGCUCACCGACCGAUUUGGAUCCCACACCCUCAGAGUGCUCCUGGUCGUGCUCUCUGGUCGUCCGCUGGAAGAUGCGGCAACCAAGUCCUUGUUGAAGAGCAAGAAGAAGGAGCACAUCACCGUUCACGGCGCCAAUGCCAACACACAGGAUCUCAACACCCAGCUGAGGGCUGUCCCGGAGUCCUUCACCAUGGCCACCAAGAAGAUCAUCCAGGACGCCGUAUCUGGUAUGGACUUCACAUCUCUGCGCGUUCUCGCGAAGCACCCGACGGGCAACCCCCUGCUCCAGCUUCUCCUCGAACUCGACAUCUCUCUCAACCACAAGAACGAUAAGUCGUCCGCAUCAAACCAAGACUCGCUUCUCUACAGACUGCUCCCGGAUGCCCCCAAGUCUCUCAGCGACACCACCUCCGAAGCUGCAGACUUCGUCAACAGCAUGGUGUACGACCAGAUUGGCUCCCGUCUUCUCGAGACCCUCAUCACCCACUGCCCGGGCAAGAUCUUCAAGGCCCUCUCCCACAACUUCUUUGGCGAGCGCAUCGCAACCUACGUCCGCAACGACAUCGCAUCCUACCCCGCCCUCCGCGCUCUCAACCGAUUCAGCAAGGACGACCUUAUUGAAGCCGCUAAGAAGAUUUUGCCCAUCGUGCCAACCCUGGUCACGAAACACCGCUACAACGUGCUCAAGACUCUCUUCGAGCGUUGCGAGGCCCGCCAGGCUUACGAGGAGAAGGCCGCCCUCACCAAGGCUCUCACGGACGCUCUGGGUGGUAACCCCAAGGACCUAAUUCCGAAGCUGUGCCAUCUUGUCGAGGAAGAGCCCGAAGAGGAGGAGCAGAAGUUUCAGCAAUCCCAAGCGCCGCAGAACAAGACCGCCAUCGCCGCGCACGGCGCCCACCUCGCCUCAACGAUGUUCAAGACCCCGGGUCAGCCCUCCAAGGUCGCUCAAAAGUCGCUCAUGGCCCUCCCCUCCGAUCUACUUUACCAACUCGCGACACAAUCCAUGCCGAAGAUGGGCGUCCUCACAACCGCCCUUGCCAGUCCCGCCGCACCCCAGAACGAGUUCUUCCACAAGGCCCUUGUCGGUGCCCUCGCACCCCAUGUCGGCGACCUCGCUCAGUCUCAGACCGGCCACAACGUCGUCAACGCCAUCGUCGAUAUUCCCUCCCAAGGCAAGGACCGUUCGGUUCCGCUCCACGUGAAGCAGACCAUUAUGGCCUCGUUGGCGGAACACGAGCGGACGCUGCGUGAGUCGUGGUUUGGUCGCAGUGCCUGGAGGACGUGGAAGGGUGACAUGUGGAAGACGAGACGGUCUGAUUGGGUCAAGUGGGCGAAGGGAGCCGAGGGUGAAGGGGAGGAGGUGAAGCUGAAGCCGUGGCAGAGGAGGAACUUGGAGCAGAAGAGGGCACAAGCGGGUAAACCCCAGCCCAAGGAGAAGAAGGAACUGGUGGAGGAGAACGGGGAAGAAAGUUAG